GACAAACUUAAUGGCUGAAUACAGAUAGAAGCUAGUCUGGUUUGUACAGUUGUUUUAUCAUCAUCCUUAAGAAGAUUUUAUGCCUGUUUUUGGCUGAAACUAAAAUCCAUCCUUCUUUUAGCACAAAUAGGGCAUCACAUUAAAUGAAAAGCGCUUGGGCAGUGGACAAAGGUCUUGAGUUCUCUUUAGAUAAGUGAUACUGUUAUCUCUUAGUUGAGGUCGUUUGUCAGAUAAUUUAGAUCAGGUUUGCUUGGCUUCCAGUUUGGUUCAGAUCUCUUGAGGCUGGUGGUUACAGUAAGCACUUACAACUUAAUUUCUCUAGGCACAAUCUAUGGAAGUGUCUUUUAUCAAGUUAACUCACCUAAUGCUAUUAAAACUCAACUUGCAUCAGUGUUUUUGGAUAUUUUAGUCACCUUGAAUCUUCACUGAAACAUUCAGGCACUUAAAAAUGUAUAAUGUUUAUGGUUGUGUGUUUCCUUUCUUGAUUUGCUGUAGGGUAGAUAUUAUACAUUGAUGCAUCCCAUGAAUAAUGUUUUGUUUCACCAGUGGCCUUUUUCAUAAGAACAAAAGUGCUCUCUGUGUUUGUAUGGCAUUAAGACAAUAAAAUCAGGGCCCUAGGGGUCCGUGCUACUGGAUAAGCUUGUUCAUGAGGUUAAGUGCAGUCGUUGCCAGACUUGUUUACCCGUGUUUUUACUGGCCGCUUUUGCACUUUGACUUUUCACAACGACAAUCUCUCUGGUUAGAGAUUCAUCUCUUGGACUGGACUGCUGGUUCUUGAGGAAAGGUCAGAAUGUUGGCAAAGCAAUUGAAAGACCGGCAACAUCUUAUCAAGACCUUGUAUGCAACUUCUAGAUAAAUGCAUUUCUCAAACGUCUUUUGUUGUUUUGUGCCGUUGGUUUUGGGUGCUAUCAAUGUUUGCCCAAACAUUUGUGCUUUUUGGUAAUGUAUGCAGUUCUUUGACUACUCCUGUGCUUGAGGCCUAUAAAUACCCUGAGAGAUGGUAUCACGUCAUAGGAUUUUAGGGAAGGGCAUACUGGAUUUUAAGAGACAAGUAAACGGAGACUGUUGUUUUGAAGAUAUCAGUGUUCAGACUUGUACAGAUUGUAAACAUUAAUGUUCUUAAAAUAAUCAGCCUUUUUCUCUUUAUAAUGAAGUAUGAAAUGGCUAAAUAUUAAACUAUUUCUUGUUUAUUUUUAUGCAUCAGGUAUUCUUUAUUUUUUGCCACACAAACUUUUUAAUGUGCCACAUUGGUGAGACCUGCAUAUCUAGUGAUAUUUAUUUUAUCACAACUUCCGGAGUCAUCAUUAGUCUGCUUUUGAGCUGAAAAUUAUGCUGACUGAUUGGUUUCCUGCCCCCAUUAUUGGUUUUGGCUCAGUUGCAGGUUGCCCUCAUGAAUUAGCUAUAAAUAGUUAAUCUGAGGUAGACUGACUUCACUGAAACAACUGAUAAUUAUUCAACAUGGUACAGAUCUGUAGGUACUCUUUAAUUCAGUUUUUGUAGGCUUAUUUUAAUAGGCUUGGUAUUAUUAUGGAUUUUGUGGACUCUAAUAAAUAUCUAAGGAUAAGCUUUUACAAUAAUCCAGUACAAUUUUUUUUUUUUAAUUUGGUGUUCCACAGGGACAUGUACUCCACCCGUGCAAAUUAGUUUUGUUAAUUGUUCAUAAACAAGGCAUUGAAUAAUCCCAGUGCUGACAAUGUGAAAAUGUGUUUGGGCAUUGUGCAAAGCUUAUUCCCUGUUUUUCCCAUUGAGACACCAGUCUCGGCUGGUCUGGGUGGCAGAAACCUUGUUUGCCGCAUUACAAAGAUUCAGCUGCAUGCUGGGGCCUGUUCAUCCUGUGGAAAGAGUGCUGGUUUACCUGUUUCCCACCACACCCUUGGUGAUCUCCCAUCUCAGGUUUCAAGCUGUCUGUCACACAAGCCAAUCGGUGACGUCCACUAGCCUUUUUCCCCCAACCCCCAUAUGACAACAAAGGGACUGGACCUGGAGGCUGGCAUUAAUGACUGCUGGCAGGAACAUUAAGCCUUAGUGGACGCCCUCAGAAGAAAAGAAAUUGUUACUGUUCAAGCUUUUUUUUUUUUUAUCCCUUCUCUGCUUUUAGCUAAAAGUUGAGAAUUUGUACACACUUGAAGAAUAAGAUGCCAGCUUAUGCAUACUAUCAGAAGUUUUCAUAGGUGAAGAAAAAGAAGUUGGAAAUGGAAUUGCCAAAUCAUGCCAAACAAUUGCUGCUGCAGCUAAACCAACAAAGAGCCAAAGGUUAUCUGUGUGAUGUGAUCAUCGUAGUAGAGAAUGCCCUUUUUCGGGCCCACAAGAAUAUCCUGGCAGCCAGCAGUAUAUAUUUCAAAUCCCUUAUCCUUCAUGACAACUUGAUUAACCUCGACACAGACAUGGUCAACCCGUCGGUUUUCCGGCAGAUUCUAGACUUCAUUUACACCGGCAAGCUUUUGUCGUCCGAUCAGUUCAGUGAUCACAAUUUCAAUGCCCUUCUAACGGCAGCAAGCUACCUCCAGCUUCACGACCUGGCUGCUCUCUGCAGGAAGAAACUAAAGCGUAAUGGGAGAUCCCUCCUUAAUAAACCAACCACCUCUACCAAUGGAAGAAUGUCUAGAAACCAAAGGCUGUCCUCUACAACUGUAACUCCAAGCCAAAUGUCAGGGUUAAAGGACAGUAAUAAAACAAAGAGGCACGAAGAGCUACUCAAAGACGACUUGUCAGAGGAUGAGAUGUUUGUGAGAAACGCCCACUGUGCAGCCUCAGCAAAUUCGCUCAGUCCCUCAAUGAGUAAGAAUGGAAGCAACAGCAGUUGUGGCAUGCAGGAACUUGGCCUAGACCUUUCCAAGAAAAGCCCCUCGGGGAGCACAGCCACUGAAGAAGUAAGUCCUAGCAGUAUCCCACAAGAAUCACCUCAAUCUGCCUCAGAAUCCACAGCCAACAGUGCCUCAUUUGAUGAGAACACCAACACGCAGAACCUCACCCCUGGAGAGCCCAUGGAGCUUGGCGGAGGAGAAUGUGAAGAGAGCCAACCACCUCCGGCCGUCGACCAGCAUAAAAGUUCCCGGCAGGUUGCCCGUCAGAGGCAGCAACCCAAGAGUGAAGGCGGCAAAGGUGACGAUGCAGAACGAGGAACUUUACCCAACGGAGUUGCAAAAAGAUUGAAAGUGGUUGGGGAGAGGCUCCCUGGAGGAAAUGCCAACUCUGAAGUAUCCUUCCAGUGUAAAGAUGAUGAGGAAGGUUUAGAGAAUGGACAGGAGCAAAGUGAAGAGAGUGGACAGAGCGAGAGCGAUGGUGGGCGGAAUAGCACCAAUUACGUCUACCGUCAGGAAGGCUUUGAGCCUGCCCUCGGUGACAACCUUUACGUUUGCAUCCCCUGUGGUAAAGGCUUCCCAAGUUCAGAGGAGCUGAACGCCCACGUGGAGACCCACACGGAGGAAGAGUUGUACAUCAAAGAGGAGGAGGAUGAUUCAUAUCCAAAGGAAGAUGAAGUUGAAGCAGAAGACUUGUCUUCACAAAUAUCCCAUGUCCACAGCACUGAGUCGCGUCGCUUCAGCUGCUCGGUCUGCAACAAGAGCUACAAAGAUCCGGCCACUCUACGGCAACACGAGAAGACCCACUGGCUCACCCGUCCCUUCCCCUGCAACAUCUGCGGCAAGAUGUUCACUCAGCGUGGCACUAUGACCCGCCACAUGCGCAGCCACCUGGGGCUGAAACCAUUCGCCUGCGACGAGUGCGGCAUGCGCUUUACCCGCCAGUACCGGCUCACGGAGCACAUGCGGGUUCACUCAGGUGAGAAGCCCUACGAAUGUCAGCUAUGUGGGGGCAAAUUUACCCAGCAGCGUAACCUCAUUAGCCACUUACGAAUGCAUACCUCCCCGUCAUAAGCCAAAGACACCUUGAACAGGAGACCCUCAGCAAAAAGAGUCAAUGCACACUUCUUCCUUUUGAAGUAGACCGCAAGGAGCCAAUAACCCAAAGGAGGAUUAUCUUCUGCUAUAAAUGACAGGAGGAGCCUUUCAAACACUGAGCCCCAAAAAUGGAAAGAAUAACCAAGUCGGUAUGAGUUUAUGGGCUUCUGAUUUUCUUUUUCCUUUUUGAAAUUUGCUGUGAAUGUAAAACUGGGGUACUAAUGCUGUUGUAUGAUUCCCUGGGAUAUUGUGACCACUCUCAACCACUGCAAUCCAUGCGUUUCUUUUACGAUAUGUCUUGAGUCCAUGUGGUCUGUUUGGUACAUUUUUUGGUAACCCAGAAAUAUUACUUCUUUCCAUUCUUGGUCCUUGAUGUAGUACCACUCUCGAGAGUUCUGGUGGUAUAUUUUAUGUAGAACUCUCAGCAAGGUUUGGGCUUGUACUGACCAAGUUCUUCUAUACACAAAGGUUAUAAUUCUUUGAAGUGUCUCCUAAGAUAGUGUUGUUAGACAUGCCAGAUGGCUUGUCUGACAUCAUUUAAGUAGUGUUUCAUAAAAGCUUUGUGCAUCCAACCAAACAUUUCCCAGUAUACCUACUCUGCACGUAACAUCCAUUGGCUUUAUUCUAGGUGUAGCUGGAAAACAGGGUCUUUGAUAAGUUUUGUAUUGGGGUUGAUGAUAUGGUUAUCAGAUUUUGCAUGGUUAUAACCUAAUGUGCCCUGCUCCUACAUCUGGAUGCAAGCCAAUGGCAAAGUGGUGAUGAGAGGCAAUGGGGAUUUACUCACAUAGUAUAUAGGGGUUUACUCUCAAAGAAAAGCCAAACUUAAAGGUACUUUUUAGAUUUCUUUAGAUAACUUAUUAAUAUGCUUCUGUGAAUGUUUCCUUUCUUUCUUUUGGGAAAAGAGAAGGUUGAGUUUGUUUGGGUGAUGGGUUGGGCAUGGUUCAUUAAAUUCUGUCAGUACUGUUAUUUUUUUAAGUUUUUGAUUUACGUUUUUCCCUUCAUUGAACAAGGCGAGUCCGUACGGUCUUGUCUCAUUGCUACCUCUUAAUUAAGAACAAUACCUUAAUUGGAACUAUGGAGGUCUCUGAAUAUAGAUGUAUAAAGUUUGCGGAGGCUUUCCAAGUAGUAGUAACCUGCCCAUCAAAAAUGUUUUAAGUUUUAAAAGCAUUAAUGUAGAGAAUAGCUUCUUUGGGCGCAUGUAUUUAAGGUAUUGAGAGUUUUAUGUCAGAGAUAUCCAAAGAAAAAUUUAAUAUUGGGGAGAAUGGCUUACCAACAGACGGUUUCCUAUAGAAUAUCCCUACCAAAGUUUUUAGACUGCAUUGCGGGAGGUAAGGAUGUACUUUUGUCUUUUAGUUCUUGAUGAAGAGCAAUGUAGUGGGAUGUUAGUUUGUACUUGACAUUUUACUAAAAACCAAUGAACUUUUUCUCGUGGUUGGUGGGCCACUGGCUUUCCUUUUUUUUUUUUUUUUUUUUUUUUUAGUUUACAGUAGUUUCUCAAGAGAGUCUUUUGGAUUCUUUCUUUUUCUGCAGAGAGACUUUGAAGAACUUCAGAAGGACUCAUUUAUUUUAGUUCAGACCAAGAAAAAACAUAUAGUGAGUGUUGAAAGGUUCUCGUGUGAAAUGUCGACCAUACUUGGAAAGCGUACUGAAUGAGGAGGAAUUGAUGCACUGGAUUGCUAAUUAGCCAUCAGCCCAAAAUAAAACCUUGUUCUAAAACCAUGCUAAGUUACAUGACGGCAAGUUAAAACCAUCAUCAUUUAUUAAUUCAAGGUAUUAUGUAAAAUAUGCAUGUUGAAAAUAAUUUUAGGUUAUUCAAAAUGCUGAUAAUUGUGUCGGGUGAAUGUUACAUGAUCAGUGUUGGGUAAACGCUGAUGGAUGUAUUUAUAGUUCAGUGCUGAAUUCUUCGCUGCCAUCUUCAUUUCAUAAGUCGUUUGCAGAUUAAUUAUUGAUCCAAUCCCAGUGUAUCACAUUCCAUGAGUAAUUCUUAGCUUUCUUAAUGUAAAAAAGUCUUAAUGGCAUUCCUUUUUGGGAUAUUUUUUUUUUGUGUGUGUUUUGGGCUUGCUAAUGAUGAACUUUGGGGUUCAGCUGUAGUCAUGUUAAAGGAGCAUUGUUUACAGACAUCUUUUUCCUGGAAUCCUUUUGGUCUUGAAUUUGCCUACUCAAUUUGUUUUUAAGUUGAAAGUUGUCUCCAUUAGUUAUUCAGAGUCAACACUUUGGAGACAUGUGCAACGUUAAUAAUUUUAACUUCCAUUUACGUUCAGUGUUCAUGUGAUUUCAGCACAACACCAAAGCUAGUCACCAAAAUAUCUUAUUUUCUAAGUUGUGCAUGUCUUAGGUGUUAGGUUUUGUUUUGUUACAGUAUAAGUGCGCUCUGGCGUUGAUACACACCUCAACUCAGGGAGAUUUGUUAAAUAUUUUUUGUUGUCAAAUGUACUGAACAGGAUUCCAGGAAAAAGUUCCCAAUGAUAUCUUGCUAAUUUAUGAGCACUAAAUUUGAAUACCAUCAAUAAACGAUGUCUUGGGGUGCUACGAGGCUCUGUUGUUGAUUCCAGCGUUUGAGACUACAGCUUAGAGAACUGGGAGAGCGGAAAAAAGGAUGACAAAAAGUUUCAAACUGUGACAAUAAUGUUUCUACUUCGAAGCUUCAGGGAUAGUUCUGCAUAUUUUGAAAUGCAGAGCUUUCGACUACAUUUGUAAGACUGUGUCAAUACUGUGUCAAUUUCUGUAUUUUAUUGAUGAAAAGCAAAACACUAGUUUCCUACAAAAUAGAUUUUACGAGUUUGUUCCCAUUUCAAAACGCCUUCAAAAAAAAAAAAAACAAAGCCAGAGAUGUACGUAGAAGAGUUUUACUCGUAAGUUCCAGAGUGUUUCUGAGCAAAAAUAAACGCAAGCAUUCUAGGAAGCGCAAAAUGUAUAAAUAAGAUGAAAGCUCAUACCCAAAUUUUCAGACUAUUUUCUAAACCAAAGCACAUUUUGAAUGAUUGAUUGACUGACAGCUUGUCUGACAUUAAAGAUACUUGUGUAUAA